AUGAAACUUUCUCGACAGAAGCUUUCAAAAUUAAUUAGAAAACGGCAGAAUGGCAGCAUCUAUGGGUCAAACGGACAACAAAAGGGAUUCUGGGAUGAAAUUAAUCAAGAAGGACAGAUAUUCGCCGAACAACCGGAGUAUGGAUUUAGUAAAACAACACAACUAAUAUAA